AUGGCGAGAUCAAGGGCCUUUGCCUUGGUGCUCCUCUUCUGCGCCUUGUCAGCCUCUUACCACUUCGCCGUUUCUGCCCCGCCGCCUGCCAAGGAUGACUUCCUCUCGUGCCUCACCAAGGGCAUUCCUCCCCGCCUCCUGUACGCGAAGAGCUCGCCUGCGUACGCCUCCGUCUGGUCGUCGACCGUUAGGAACAUCAAGUUCUUGUCGGACAAGACGCUGAAGCCGCUCUACAUCGUCACCCCCACAGACGCCGCCCACAUCCAGGCCGCCGUCACCUGCGGCCGCAGGUACGGCAUGCGCAUCCGCGUGCGAAGCGGCGGGCACGACUACGAGGGCCUGUCGUACCGGUCCGAGAAACCAGAGCCGUUCGCCGUCGUGGACCUGUCCAAGAUGCGGUACGUGCACAUCGACGGCAAAGCCGGCACGGCGUGGGUGGAUUCCGGCGCGCAGCUCGGUGAGCUCUACUACGCCAUCGCGAGGGCGACCCCAAAGUUCGGGUUCCCAGCUGGCGUCUGCGCGACCAUCGGCGUCGGCGGCCACUUCAGCGGGGGCGGUUUCGGCAUGUUGCUGCGCAAGUACGGCACCGCCGCCGACAACGUCAUCGACGUGAAGGUGGUGGACGCCAACGGCAAGCUGCUCAAUAGGAAAUCCAUGGGUGAGGACCACUUCUGGGCCAUCAGGGGCGGUGGUGGCGAGAGCUUUGGCAUCGUGGUCGCGUGGCAGGUGAAGCUCGUUCCGGUCCCGCCCACGGUGACCGUGUUCCAGGUCCACAAGGGGAUAAAGGACGGCGCCAUUGACCUCAUCACCAAAUGGCAAGAGGUUGCACCGGCUUUUCCCGACGACCUCAUGAUCCGGAUCAUGGCGAUGGGGCAGGAUGCCAUGUUCGAGGCCCUGUACCUCGGCACGUGCAAGAACCUCCUCCCUCUGAUGAGCAGCCGCUUCCCGGAGCUGGGCUUGAACAACACGCACUGCAAAGAAAUGUCCUGGAUCCAGUCCGUGCCCUACAUCCCCCUCGGACCGAAGGGCACCAUCAAGGACCUCCUGAACCGGACGUCCAACAUCAAAGCCUUCGGCAAGUACAAAUCGGAUUAUGUCCGGGAGCCCAUCCCCAAGAGCGGGUGGGAGAAGAUCUUCACCUGGCUCGUCAAGCCCGGCGCCGGGGUGAUGAUCAUGGACCCCUACGGCGGCAAAAUCAGCGCCACCGACGAGGCGGCGACGCCGUUCCCGCACCGGAAGGGCAUCCUGUUCAACAUCCAGUACGUCAGCUACUGGUUCGGCGAGGGCGCUUCAGCGGUGCCGACGCAGUGGAGCAGGGACAUGUACGCGUUCAUGGAGCCGUACGUGAGCAAGAACCCGAGGGAGGCGUACGUGAACUACAGGGAUCUCGACCUCGGCGUCAACCAGGUGGUCGGCAACGUCUCCACCUACGACAGCGGCAAGGUCUGGGGCGAGAAGUACUUCAAGGGCAACUUCAAGAGGCUUGCUAUGACCAAGGGCAAGGUCGAUCCUGACGACUACUUCAGGAACGAGCAGAGCAUUCCACCAUUGCUCAAGUAA